ACGCAGCUGUGGCUCUGUUCAAUUCGGCAGCGCACCCACGGCAGAAAUGCCACCAGUACACUGUCGCCGAUGAUGGGCUCCGGUGGUUGAUGCUCCGCAGCGCCACCAGCGCUGUUUUCUCCCCGAAACCACCCUCAACCGUACCAGCAACAGCUCGUCCUAUGUGCACUGCAAUCCGCUGGGCGGGGAGCCCUGGCGCUCAACCCAGGAUCUCGUCUGGUGCUGGCGUCCAUUCAGGCCCUUAAAUGUCUCAGUCCCUGCGCAGGAGGGAACAGACUUUGUAGCAGUCACUUUGCCUGAAGGGAGAAGUGUCUCUGCUCUUACAGGCGGCAAUUCGGGCUCUACUCGCUCUUGCUGGCUCUGCGUUUAUCUCUGUCCUCUUUGCAUCGAGUCCCCGCCAGCCUCUCCAAAGGGGAGGUGCAUUUGGUACUUGUGCUCCGGGCGUGAACCAACAGGACUUCCCAUGCUCUGUGGUUUUCCGGUGGACUCAGGAACAAGGAUUGUGAAGUGCGCUCGAGAAUCGCUCGAGGACCUGGGAGCUUCCUCUCUCUUAUUUUGGUGGGGGGUGAUUUUCUAACUGCUUGUGAAAGCGGCCUCUCCGCCUCCGCACCUGCAACUUGUUUUGGUUUCUUCUCAGUCCUGUGAGUGCUGUUCCAACAUCAAAGUUUUUCUCCGUUACCCGAAAAAAUAUAUCCUUUUAAUCCAUAAUUCUCCUCCCCCCUGCACUGUCUCUGCCAGUCCUCUCUGUGCGGUGAGUGGAUAGCGGGGCGCGCAGUGUGGCAGCGGCGACGGAGAUUGGCGCGAUCAGGCGAAGCAGAAGGGAAGGAGCUGCUGCCAGGGGCUCCCUGGGUGACCCUUUGGCAGGCAGAGGAACUGGAUAAGGGCGCAGAAGAGGAGCUGGAACCUCUCGGAACUCCGAUAUCUGAAAACUGGAUUUUAAUGAUCAUUCUGGUUGUGCGUCUCUGUCUCCUCUUCUUAUUUGGUAACUAGUGGAGAGAAGCGCUUGGCUGGAGCGCUCUGCGGGACCCAGACUCCUAGGCUGCUCGGGAUCUGUGCGUCUGUUGCUGCAGAAGGAGCAGAGGGAAGGACGCCAGCAUAUGCUUACAGGAGCCCCGAGGAAAAUGAAAACAUCAUUCAAUAGAAACAGUUGAAGUUACCAAAUACUCUGGUUGACAGAGAGAGAAGACAAUAAGGAUUUUGCAAUGAUGCUGUGCUUCUGAAUACUAUGUUCAGUAUCUACAAAUAAGAAGCUGAAGCAAAGGAACCAAGAAAUGCUCGCAAACUCAAGAGGGAAUUUCUCCGUCUUUGGAGGCACAUUGAUCAGCCUUGAGUGGAAUUUGACAGAAGAUGUUACAACAGUUUUAUCUCUGCAAAUGUUUAGCUUCAGGGAUUAUCCUUGGCUCUCUCUUCACAAUCUGCUUGGCCCAGUAUGACGAUGAUUGCAAACUAGCUAGGGGAGGACCACCAGCCACCAUAGUUGCUAUUGAUGAAGAGAGUCGGAAUGGUACAAUUCUGGUGGACAACAUGCUGAUCAAGGGGACAGCUGGAGGACCAGACCCCACCAUAGAGCUCUCUUUAAAGGACAACGUGGAUUACUGGGUGUUGUUGGAUCCUGUUAAACAAAUGCUUUUCCUGAACAGCACAGGCAGAGUUCUGGAUAGAGAUCCACCCAUGAACAUCCACUCCAUUGUGGUGCAAGUCCAGUGCAUCAACAGAAAAGUUGGCACCGUUAUCUACCAUGAAGUGCGGAUCGUGGUUAGGGACAGGAAUGACAACUCACCCACGUUCAAACAUGAGAGCUACUAUGCCACAGUGAAUGAGCUCACACCAGUUGGCACCAUGAUAUUUACAGGGUUUUCAGGAGACAAUGGAGCUACAGACAUAGAUGAUGGCCCAAAUGGACAGAUAGAAUACGUUAUUCAAUAUAAUCCAGAUGAUCCGACAUCCAAUGACACCUUUGAAAUCCCCCUCAUGUUGACGGGAAAUGUAGUGUUAAGGAAGAGGCUCAACUAUGAAGAUAAGAUUCGCUACUUUGUCAUCAUCCAAGCGAAUGACCGUGCACAAAAUCUGAAUGAACGACGAACCACCACCACCACACUCACGGUGGAUGUUCUGGAUGGAGAUGACUUGGGUCCAAUGUUCCUCCCUUGUGUCCUGGUGCCAAACACUCGCGAUUGUCGCCCACUCACCUAUCAAGCCGCCAUACCUGAGUUGAGAACUCCGGAAGAACUGAACCCCAUCAUUGUUAGCCCACCAAUCCAAGCUGUUGACCAGGACCGAAAUAUUCAGCCACCAUCAGAUCAGCCAGGCAUCCUGUAUUCCAUCCUUGUUGGGACUCCUGAGGAUUACCCACGAUUUUUCCAUAUGCAUGGUAGGACUGCAGAACUUAGUCUUCUGGAACCAGUAAACAGAGAUUUUCACCAGAAAUUUGAUUUGGUUAUUAAGGCAGAACAAGACAAUGGUCAUCCUCUUCCUGCCUUUGCCAGUCUACACAUUGAAAUACUAGAUGAAAACAAUCAGAGCCCAUAUUUCACAAUGCCCAGUUAUCAAGGAUACAUCCUGGAGUCUGCCCCUGUGGGAGCAACCAUAUCCGAGAGUCUGAAUCUGACCACACCUCUAAGAAUUGUAGUUCUGGACAAGGACAUAGAAGAUACAAAAGACCCAGAAGUUCACCUUUUUCUGAAUGAUUACACCUCAGUCUUCACCGUCACGCAGACUGGUAUCACUCGCUACCUCACCUUACUUCAACCAGUAGACAGGGAAGAACAGCAGUAUUAUACCUUUUCGAUAACAGCAUUUGAUGGCGUACAAGAAAGCGAGCCAGUAAUCGUCAAUAUUCGAGUGAUGGAUGCCAAUGAUAACACCCCAGCCUUCCCGGAAAUAUCCUAUGAUGUUUAUGUUUACACAGACAUGAGCCCUGGGGACAGUGUCAUACAGCUCACUGCAGUCGACGCAGACGAAGGGUCAAAUGGGGAGAUCACAUAUGAAAUCCUGGUCGGGUCUCAGGGAGACUUCGUCAUCAAUAAAACCACAGGGCUUAUCACCAUCGCUUCAGGGGUGGAACUGAUAGUCGGACGGACCUACGCUCUCACCGUCCAAGCAGCAGAUAAUGCUCCUCCUGCAGAGAGAAGGCACUCCAUCUGCACUGUGUACAUUGAAGUGCUUCCUCCAAACAAUCAAAGCCCUCCCCGUUUCCCACAGCUGAUGUAUAGCCUUGAAAUCAGUGAAGCCAUGAGAAUUGGUGCUGUUUUAUUAAAUCUACAGGCAGCUGAUCGAGAGGGAGACCCAAUAACAUAUGCUAUUGAGAAUGGAGAUCCUCAGCGAGUUUUUAAUCUUUCAGAAACUACUGGAAUUCUAACCUUAGGAAAAGCACUGGACAGGGAAAGCACGGAUCGCUACAUUUUGAUUGUCACGGCUUCAGAUGGCAGGCCAGAUGGGACCUCAACUGCUACAGUAAAUGUGGUAGUGACAGAUGUCAACGACAAUGCUCCAGUGUUUGAUCCCUAUCUGCCUAGAAAUCUGUCUGUAGUGGAGGAAGAAGCCAAUGCCUUUGUGGGUCAAGUAAAAGCAACAGAUCCAGAUGCUGGAAUAAAUGGCCAGGUAUAUUACAGUUUGGGUAACUUCAAUAAUCUUUUUCGCAUCACAUCUAAUGGAAGCAUUUACACAGCAGUGAAGCUCAACAGAGAAGUCAGAGACUACUAUGAACUUAUUGUUGUGGCAACGGAUGGAGCAGUACACCCCCGUCAUUCAACCCUAACACUGGCCAUCAAGGUUUUGGAUAUUGAUGACAAUAGUCCUGUGUUCACCAACUCAACUUACACUGUCAUCGUUGAAGAGAAUUUGCCAGCUGGGACCACCUUCCUUCAAAUAGAGGCCAAAGAUGUUGACCUUGGAGCAAAUGUGUCUUAUCGGAUAAGAAGCCCAGAAGUCAAGCACUUCUUUGCACUACAUCCAUUUACAGGAGAACUAUCCCUUUUAAGGAGUUUGGACUAUGAAGCAUUUCCAGACCAGGAAGCAAGUAUCACUUUUCUGGUGGAGGCCUUUGAUAUUUAUGGAACAAUGCCACCUGGUAUUGCCACGGUCACAGUGGUAGUAAAGGAUAUGAAUGAUUAUCCUCCAGUGUUUAGUAAACGAAUCUACAAAGGGAUGGUGGCUCCAGACGCAGUCAAGGGUACACUUAUCACGACCGUUUAUGCUGAGGAUGCUGACCCUUCUGGAUUACCUGCAAGUCGUGUGAGGUAUAGAGUAGAUGAUGUCCAGUUUCCUUACCCUGCCAGUAUUUUUGAUGUGGAAGAAGAUUCUGGAAGAGUGAUAACUCGAGUCAAUCUUAAUGAAGAGCCUACUACAAUUUUUAAGUUGGUGGUUGUAGCUUUUGAUGAUGGUGAACCUGUGAUGUCCAGCAGUGCCACAGUGAAAAUUCUUGUUUUACAUCCUGGAGAAAUCCCACGCUUCACACAAGAGGAAUACAGACCUCCUCCAGUAAGUGAACUUGCAACCAGAGGGACCAUGGUUGGUGUAAUUUCAGCUGCUGCCAUCAAUCAGAGUGUUGUAUACUCCAUCGUUUCAGGAAAUGAAGAAGAUACCUUUGGAAUUAAUAACAUCACAGGUGUUAUCUAUGUGAAUGCUCCUCUGGACUACGAGACAAGGACGAGCUAUGUUCUGCGAGUCCAAGCCGAUUCCCUGGAAGUUGUCCUAGCCAACCUCCGAGUUCCUUCAAAAAGCAAUACAGCAAAAGUCUACAUCGAGAUUCAGGAUGAAAAUGAUCAUCCCCCAGUGUUUGAGAAAAAAUUCUAUAUUGGAGGUGUGUCUGAAGAUGCAAGAAUGUUUGCCUCUGUGCUCAGAGUUAAGGCUACUGAUAAAGAUACUGGUAAUUAUAGUGCCAUGGCAUACAGACUCAUAAUACCGCCAAUUAAAGAGGGAAAAGAAGGAUUUGUGGUGGAAACCUAUACAGGGCUAAUCAAAACUGCUAUGCUUUUCCAUAAUAUGAGGAGGUCCUACUUCAAGUUUCAAGUCAUUGCAACUGAUGACUAUGGGAAGGGACUAAAUGGCAAAGCAGAUGUACUUGUGUCUGUGGUCAAUCAGCUGGAUAUGCAAGUCAUUGUUUCUAAUGUGCCCCCAACUCUGGUGGAAAAAAAGAUAGAAGAUCUGACAGAGAUUUUGGAUCGCUAUGUUCAGGAGCAAAUUCCUGGUGCCAAGGUGGUAGUAGAAUCCAUUGGUGCUCGCCGGCAUGGAGAUGCCUUUUCUCUAGAAGAUUACACCAAAUGUGACUUGACUGUCUAUGCAAUUGACCCCCAAACCAACAGAGCCAUUGACAGAAAUGAGCUUUUUAAAUUUUUGGAUGGAAAACUACUCGAUAUCAAUAAAGACUUUCAGCCAUAUUAUGGGGAAGGAGGACGCAUUCUUGAGAUCAGGACUCCAGAGGCAGUGACCAGCAUUAAAAAGCGAGGAGAAAGUCUAGGCUACACCGAAGGGGCUCUGCUGGCUCUGGCCUUCAUCAUCAUCCUCUGCUGUAUUCCUGCCAUCUUGGUGGUAUUGGUCAGCUACAGACAGUUUAAAGUACGACAAGCUGAGUGCACCAAGACUGCACGUAUCCAGUCCGCCAUGCCCGCGGCCAAACCGGCAGCACCUGCCCCUGAACCAGUGGCAGCUCCCCCGCCACCGCCACCGCCACCGCCUCCGGUUCCGCAUCUUUAUGAAGAACUUGGGGACAGCACCAUGAGAGGUUAUACAUCAGAGCAACAGCAACUGCUGAGGCCUUCUCUUCUUAAACCGGAGGAAUUAUCCAUGGAGUCUGGAAUUGAUCCUGGCCAGGAAUAUGGACAAGAUUAUUACAGUUAUGAGCAUGGGUAUGAAAUGCCUCGAUAUGGAAGUCGCCGUCGUUUGUUACCACCGGCUGGUCAAGAGGAAUAUGGUGAGAUGGUUGGUGAAGCUGAGGAGGAAUAUGAAGAAGAAGAGUGGAUGAGAAAAAGAAUGAUCAAACUGGUUGUGGAUCGAGAAUAUGAAACCAGCUCCACUGGAGAAGACAGUGCUCCUGAAUGUCAGAGAAACCGUCUUCACACUCCUAAUAUCCACAGUAAUAUCAAUGGCAAUAUAUACAUUGCACAGAAUGGUUCUGUGGUUAGAACCCGCCGUGCCUGCCUCACUGAUAAUCUAAAAGUUACUUCCCCCGUCCGACUGGGGAGGCACUUUAAGAAACUAGACAAGUUGGCGGUGACACAGGAGGAGAAUAUCCCCCUGAACACAUUAUCAAAGGGACCAUUUUCUACUGUGAAACUGAACACCAGGCCCCCUCUGGUUAAGUUUGCCCCUUGCCCUGUGGGAACUGACAGUACAGCAGUGAAGCCACUGGGGAACAGGCUGAAAAGCACAGUUGAACAGGAGCCCAUGGUUGACAGUAAGAGCGCCAAGGAGGCUUUGGAGUUCCACGGCGACCACACGCAGUCAGACGAGGAAGAGCUUUGGAUGGGUCCCUGGAACAACCUCCACAUACCAAUGACAAAACUGUGACCGAUUUUUAAAAAGUUAUUUUGAUUUUUACUUAAGUUUGUAAGAAACUGUGCUUUUUAUUGUCACUGAGAAAACAAUUUAUGGAAUUUAUAUCAGGCACACAAGCUAAAACUUUGAACAGUAUGCUUUAAAGUUUAAAAGGAGACAGAUUUGCACUCGUAUUUGUACCAAUUAAUUGUUCUUCCCAGAAAACCUUUUUGGACAGACUCUCAAUAUAGUAAAGAACAUACCGUUUAAACUUUUAGUAGUUUUGUUGGAUUUUUAAUUUUUUUUCAUUUUAAUAAAAAAAUAAUUUACUAAAUAAUCAUUCACAUUUUAUUGACUUACGUAGAUUUCACUUCAUGUCUAGCUUCAGAGCACUCUUCUGUGCCAUGUAAUUUUAUUUCCAUAAACAAAUGGGAAACAUUUAUAUUGGAAGAUUUUUGCAGCUAACAAGUUUAUACAAUUGCUAUCUAUACUGUCUUGAUUUUUUAAAUGAAAGAGAAAAUUGCAAAGUUUAUGAUUGUAAUAGUAAAUAUGGAAUCUUCUGUAAAUUAUUUUGAAUCAUAAACUUAUUUUCCUUGUUCUUCAAUAUAAAGUUUUUCAAAGUUUCAUAUAUGUAAAUGUUGACCUUUCUAGGAACACUUGAAGUCCUUAUGUCCCUUAGUCAUAUCAUCAACAAUUUUUCCUGUUGCCACCCCUCUCAAGUACACACACUCUAUCUGUAAUAAACAUAGUAGAUAAUUUGGUUUAGCCACUCAGAAUUAUAGAAUUUUUUGGCGCAUCCCAAUAACCUCACCCUCAGUGAUGGGCAAUAAUGCAUCUAAUGGAAGCCAUGGUAAGGUCAGAGCAGUCUCAUACUGUUGUCACUGGACAUGAAUAUUUUAUAAACUCAACAGAAAGGAAUUGGAAUAAUCAUGAAGUUAUAUAAUAUGUGAAAUGCUAUAUAUUCUAAUUUCAAGCAUAUUGUAUUUAACUUCUCCCAACUCCAGUUUAUUUAUAGAAUAUUUCAACACACAUAAUAUUUAUGUGUGCAAUGUGCAGAACCAGAAAAUGAUUGCCUGGGCAUAUUUAAUCAAAGGCCAUAGUCUUGAUUUUUCACCAUUGAACAAAGCACAGUGUUUCACCAUUAAUAGAAACUAAAACAAAAUAUUAUUUAAAAAAACACAAAAACCUUGCCUUGCGUGCUACAUGCUCACCAGAUGUAAAAAGGAUGAAACAUUAUAGUUUAAGAUAAUUCUGAACCAUAUUGAAUAUGACUUAGUAUGAUAUAACAAUAGCUUACCUCAAAAUUUGCACAGGAUUGACCAAAUUCAGAUUUCAUUAGAAUUCUUUCAUGCAUGCUUAUUAUAUGGUUGGAAGACUGAAUAAUGCACUGCUAUUAUUUAUUCCCUUCUCACAUUUCACAUUUUUAAAAUAUUUUAUUGUAAUGCUAUUUCCUUAUUUGCAAAGUGAAUGAAAUUGUAUGUAACAUAAACUUGCUGACUUAUAUGGGUAGAUAACGUUUUUAUUUCAGAUUUCAAAAAGUAUUUGAGAUCAAAUACAAAUGCCUUUCAUUUAUCUGACACUCUUGGAAAUUAAUGCAUUCUAUACCCUUGCUAGAAAAACUAUCAGCAUCAACUGGGAACUUGUUGGAAAUAUAGACUCUUGCCCCCGCCCUCAGGCCUCCUACAUGAGAAUCCACAUUUUCACAUUAUCCUCAAGUGCUAAAUAUACAUAUUAAAUUUUGAAAAGUAAAGAUCUAAUCAACUUUGCUGAUAUCCAGGGCUCUCUCUUUCAAACACC